UAAUGCGCGUCCACAUCUUUUAACAGCAGUAUCACAGACUGCUCUAUGAGCCUGCAGACAUGGGCAACUGCAUGGGCUUCAGGAACACCUGCGACCGGCCGAAGAAUACUAACAUCAGGUGGAGUUUACCUGCCGUGUGCUUCGUCUGGCAGCUGUCUAUGAUCAUUCUUUUUGGGGUAUUUGUGCGGUAUAAUGAAGAGUCAGAUACUCGCUGGGUAGACUACAGAAAGGAGAACAAUAUUACAAGUGAUAUCGAGAAUGACUUUUACUUCAGAUAUCCAAGUUUUCAGGAUGUUCAUGUCAUGAUCUUCGUGGGCUUUGGCUUUCUCAUGACCUUCCUGAAGCGCUACAGCUUUGGUGCCGUGGGAUUCAACUUCCUGAUUGCGGCUUUCGGCAUCCAGUGGGCUCUUCUGAUGCAAGGCUGGUUCCAUUCUCUGGACUACACCGACGGAAAGAUCAAGAUCGGUAUAGAAAACUUGAUCAAUGCAGAUUUCUGUGUGGCGGCUUGUCUGAUCGCCUACGGAGGCGUUCUGGGGAAGGUCAGUCCCGUUCAGCUGUUGGUGAUGACGUUGUUUGGCAUCACGCUGUUUGCCAUUGAAGAGUACAUCAUCCUGAACGUCCUCCAUGCCAAAGAUGCUGGCGGAUCCAUGGUGAUCCACACUUUUGGAGCUUAUUAUGGUCUGUCCAUUUCAUGGGUUUUGUAUCGGCCUAAUUUGGAUAAGAGCAAACAUUUGAACGGGUCUGUCUACCACUCGGAUGUGUUUGCCAUGAUUGGCACCCUCUUCCUGUGGAUGUUCUGGCCAAGUUUCAACUCUGCCAUUGCUGAUCAUGGAGACGGUCAGCACAGAGCUGCCAUCAACACAUACCUGGCCUUGGCCUCCACCGUCCUCACUGCAGUCGCUAUAUCCAGUCUGUUUGAGAAAGCAGGGAAACUAGACAUGGUUCACAUCCAGAAUUCCACGCUGGCAGGCGGAGUUGCUGUGGGAACAGCAGCUGAAUUUAUGCUGUCGCCAUACGGUUCUUUGAUUGUGGGUUUCUUCUGUGGCAUCAUAUCCACGCUGGGCUACAUCUAUUUAUCGCCGUUCUUGGAAGAGAAACUGAAGAUUCAGGACACCUGUGGCAUCCAUAACCUGCAUGCUAUGCCAGGAGUCAUUGGAGGAAUUGUGGGUGCCAUCUCAGCUGCUGCUGCCACCAGCACGGUUUAUGGAGAUCUAGGGUUGGAAAAUACAUUUGACUUUACAGGGCCUUUUGCGAAACGUGUACCCACUAUCCAGGGAGGAUAUCAGGCAGCAGGGCUGUGUGUGGCCUUGUGUUUUGGAAUCGGAGGCGGCAUAUUUGUUGGCCUGGUUCUGAAGCUGCCCAUCUGGGGCGAUCCUGCAGACGAAAACUGCUUCGAUGACGAGAUCUACUGGGAGGUUCCUGAGGAUGAAGAAAGUGUUCCUACUAUCCUGGCCUACAACAACCACAUGAUCCCCAACAAACAUGCAGACAUGAGAGAGACCAACUUCGUGGAGCAGCGUUAACGCACGGAAUCAGAUCUGCAGUCAAAACAUCUGCUUUCCUGUUGCUCUCCCUCAAGAUAACAGUACUCGCUACCCGCCAAAAUGACCAACUGAGGGACCUUCCUUUUGCUUUCCAAGAAACACACAUCUACAAUAUUUUGAUGAUACAGAGAAUAAAUUUAUUUCAUGCAGGUUAUAAUGCGAAUAUCUUGAAUAUCUCACUUAAUAUAUUUGCGUAUCAGAGUUAUUAGGUCAGAUCAUUCAGAAUUAUAAAAUGGAAAAAAGAUCAAUUUUUUUUUUUUUUAAAUAAUGGGAUGAUUCCUGAUUAAAGUGACUUCCUGUGAAUGUGUUCAGAAAAAAAUGUGACCAAAAAAACCUCUAAACCUCCAAGCUGUUACAUUUUUAAUGAAUUGAAUUUUACAGGUGUUAAUUUAAGCAUUUGUUACCCAAACAUUAUUUGAUCUUUAUAAUGUAAUUUUGUUUUAUAGGAUUAUAAAUAGUGUGUCUUAAUUUGUUAGGUAAGAAUCCAUGCAUUGUAUCUACCUUUUUUUUUUUUUUUUUUUUUUCCAAAUUCUAUAAUCUUUUAUUUAUAGAUUUUUCCUGAUAAUUUGCAUGCCCAUGUCAAUCAGCAUGCAUGCAUAACAUCUCUAAAUCAAACAUUUGUCAUUUUCUUAAUGCUUUCACAAAUUUGUCCAAACAAUAGCAACAAUGUGCAAUAUCAGUGUGUAAAUAUUCCUACAAUGUGUUUCCUUUCUCUUAUGUAUUUUACACAUUUAAUGUUUUGUCUUUUGUGUGUUAUCUUUACUGUAAGAUUGUUCAAAAGAAAAGAAACUAAUAUUAAAUCUUUGACUACUGUCUAAUUCCAGAUUAAAUUAUUGAAGUGAUUCUUACAUUAGCUUCAUUUGCUCCUUUUUUCUCCGCACAGUUCCACACUCAUUUGUAUAAAUACAUUCGGCUUGGGAAAAAACAA